CCCAGCGCAGCAGCAGCACCACCUCUGCUUAGGCCCCUCCCGGCCGCACCGCCGCACCGCAGCCAGCAGGGGGAGCCACCUCUCCGGUUAUCAGUCAGCCCUCUCUCCGGCGCUAUGAGGCUGCUGGCCGGUGCCGGUCUGUGCUUGGCCCUGGCCGCUCUUGCCCUACUAGCCGUGGCGCUAAGCACCGAUCACUGGUACGAGACGGACGCCCGGAGGCACCGGGACCGCUGCAGGAAGCCGGGGGGGAAACGGAACGAUCCCGGCUACAUGUACACCCCGGGCCAACACCUGCCUCUCCGCGGGGAGCCCCCCAGCAGCCGGAUCCGGAGCCCUAGGGGCGGGGAGCCGGGGGGAGUCCGUAUGAUUUCCAGGGCAGAGGAUUUGGGGGUCAGGGGGCUCCGGGAGCGUCCCACCGGGGCCCGGGACUUACCUCUCUCCCGACCCUAUUUGGCCACCGACCCCCAUUGCAGCCGCCGCUUCAAUUCCACCGUAUCCGGACUGUGGAGGAAAUGUCACCGGGAUGGAUUCGAUAAAGACACCGAGGAGCUUAUCCUGAAAGGAAUCGUUGAGCGCUGCACUUCAGUACGGUAUUAUUACACAUCGUCCUCCCUGCCACCCAACUUGUCCGUCAACGUCACCAAGACCAUCCGCCAAGAUGAAUGGCACGCACUGCAUCUGCGCAGAAUGACAGCUGGCUUCAUAGGCAUGGCGGUCUCCAUUAUUCUGUUUGGGUGGAUGGUCGGAGUGCUGGGCUGUUGCAAGCAGCAUGAUCUCAUGCAAUAUGUGGCCGGGCUGCUAUUCCUCAUGGGAGGGACCUGCUGUAUUAUAUCCCUCUGUACCUGCGUGGCUGGAAUCAACUUCGAGCUGUCCCGGUACCCGCGCUCAAUAUACUCUCUGCCGGAGGAGAUCAGUCACGGUUAUGGCUGGUCUAUGUUUUGCGCAUGGGGCGGGCUGGGACUCACCCUUCUGUCUGGAUUUCUCUGCACUUUGGCUCCAUCCCUCAGUGCAUCACAAUCAGCCGUCCAUAAACCACGGCAGGAGAAUGGGGCCGUCUGACAUGGAGCGGGGGGGCUGGACUAAAACAUAUGACUCGGGGGCAUUUCUAGGCCUCAACAGGAAGUUGUUCUGUUCAACUUGUUUGUUUGGUCUGACCAUGUGGUUGCUUGUGAAAAGUGCAGAAGUCCGAACUUCGUGUUUAUAGAAUGGAAUUGCGCAAAGGGAAUUUUUUUUUGUUUUUGUUUUUUCUGCGAGGCCAAAAUUCCAUCAGUGCCGCAGCGAUGAGGCAAGGAGGACCUUCAAUGGUGCUGUUGACUCCUGGGAAGAGAAUCCUAUACAGCUGUGUGAUUUAGACGUUUUAGUCUCUUCGUCGAUAGCAAUCUCCUUUGGCUUCUACACUCCUUCUUCAGAGACGCUCGGGGGUGUAGGACUGGUGCCAGUCGCUGGCUACGGGAUCAGUAUUUGGGACUUUUGUAUACAUGACCGGUUAUUGCUUUUUACAUGUUUUAAUACACUCCAAAAAACAAAAAAAGAAAAAAAAAGCCUUACCCAACUGAAUAUGUUUUCCUGUCUGAGGAAGGAACUGUCUAUGCCCCCUGCAGUUGUUACCGUCAGACCCAAGGGAACCCUCCUGCAGUGCCUUUAAGUAGGCAGGAGAAGCCUACGCAAGCUCAGGCUGAGAUCCUACAGGGGCAACAUGGCGACAAGGCAAUAAGGCACACAGGGUUAGUCCUUCCUCCGCGCAAGGCAGGCGUGACUUAAAAAUCACAAAGGACACGGGAAUGGGUGGAAGACGGGAACUCGGGGUGCUUGGGUAAAUUAUUGUUUGUGGUCCAUCACCAUUAUGGAAAGAAAAAAAAAAGCACAUAGACAAACAGGUUUGUGUCAUCACUGCAAGCUGCCCAUUUAUUUUGUUUUAAUAAUAUGAAUUCUAUGUAGAUCUGUCUGGUGCUAGCCAGGAAUGAUCAGAAGGCAGUCAUUCCAAAACAAACCCAAGGUUACCAAACUGUCUGCAGUGCUGUGGUUUUUUUUUUUUGGGCAUACAAUGAUUCUUUUGGGUCCACCAUAUUUUUUUUUUUAUUACAGAACCUGUAGAUAUAAAGCUAUUAUGUACAUGAUCUAAUAUAAUAAAAAGACCUAAGGCCUAUAAGUCCUUGUCCUGCUCCAAGA